AUGGCGGUCCAAUCACUGCGUUUUGCUCGGCUUAAUGCAUCUCGAAUUGCCCGUGCUCCAGUGACAUCAAUUAUCAGCCGGUCCAACUUUCACACCUCAACACGCUCCAUGAUGCCACAGACCCAGCCCAAGGCCCAGGACUGGUCUGCAUCCCGGUACCUCAAGUUCGCCAAGCAGCGUACUCGACCCUCCCGCGAUCUCCUUGCACAAGUACCCCUCAAGUCUCCCAGCCAUAUCCUUGAUGUGGGCUGCGGGCCAGGCAACUCGACCCAGGUUCUAGCAGACCGAUACCGGGGCGCCGUGGUCGAAGGAAUCGACUCUUCUCCCGGCAUGAUUAACGAAGCGCGCAAAGCCCUGCCUCAGAUCCAGUUCUCGGUCGCCGAUCUGAAGACGUACACGUCGGAAAAACCGCUCGACCUAGUUUUUUCCAAUGCCGUCUUCCAGUGGCUCAAAGCCGACGAACGAGUUCCCACAAUGAAGAGAAUGAUACAAUGGCUUCGCCCAGGAGGAGUGUUGGCGAUCCAGGUUCCAGACAACUACCUCGAACCAUCCCAUAUCGCAAUGCGCGCUGUCGCGAAUGAGGGUCCCUGGGCUAGCAUCUUGGGACCGCUCCGUCCAGCCCUUGACCAAUUCGCUACACCGCAACAGUUCUACGAUGAACUAAGCCCACUAUGUUCAUCUGUUGAUAUCUGGCAUACUCUCUAUCAGCAUCCCCUGGACAAUCAUCAGAGUCUCGUGGAGUGGGUGAAAGGAACCGGAUUACGACCCUUUCUUAAUCCCCUGGGCCCGGAAGAUAGGGAGGUCUUUGCAGAGAGUUAUCUUGCCAAGUUGAAGGAGGUCUAUCCGGUUUCUGUUGAUGGAAAAGUUCUUUUGAGAUACCCACGGCUUUUCAUGAUUGCAGUGAGGGAAUAA